AAAGCCACAUUCACUCUGCUCUUGCAGCUCUCUCUCCUUCCUAUUUUCCACAUCUACACACAUUCAAGAAUGCCAAUGGCAAUUGUCGUGCUUGAUCAACAGAACAGCACCCAUGCCAUUUUCGCCUUCAUGGUUUCAGUUUUGGUAACCUUCGUUGAAGUGAAGUACCAAGGGAAGCCCGAUUCUCCAUUUGACACUCAGCCCAUCAUCGUCUUUCUCACCAUCUUCAUUCUCCUUCUCUAUUGCUCUUUGUCCCUUCCACUUGUUGCUGGUCUACAAGCGUUUCGUACAGGUUCCGGUGCCCGCAUCUUUCUCUUCCUCAGGAACCUUUCCUUUCUCUCUAUAGUUUUCCUCACACGGUUGUUGUUCAGAGGCCCCUCCUUCUUUCUCCUCUACUUGCCGUUGUUGCCGUUGCUGAUACUGCUCCUUGCGGAUCACUUGUGGGGUCUUAUUCACAAGCUCAAGCAAAAGAUUCUAGCAGUCGCAUUUGUCCGUUGGUUCCACCAUCGAGGAAGAAUGCUUCUGCCAUGAACGGUAGCCGAGACACGUUUCAUUUGAGAAUUGCAGUACUAACUGGUGUUAAACCAGUGAUUGUUAGUGGCACGAGAAGAUGUUAAGGAAACAGUAGGCAGUGUAGCGUGAUAGACUAGCGCAGGAUGCUUGUACGCCCCCAAAAAGGAAUAAAUUUUCUUGUAUUUAAGUUAGUCUCAUGAUUAUGGCUUCAUUGAGAGGAUCGAAUUGACAUAUUAUUUACCCUGUUGCUACGUUGAUUAUCAAUGUAAUUUCUUUUCACUGCCGGAUGAAUGACGCUCUGAAAGGGGGAGAAAGCCCUGACCUUUCCCUCGUUUUUUGGUAGUGAAACCCGGUUGAGGUCGCUCCCAUAAGUCGUUCCUGCGCGUUUUAAUUUCGCUGGGGUUCAAAAUUUUGCGGUACGCGUCCAAAUCGGUUCUGCCUCACUUCCAAAGAAGUUGGUUGUGCAGCCUUGGUUUCAAGCCGCUGUCUUUUGGUUGUUUUCAGCCUUUGAGUUUUGUAAUGGCGGGUGAAUUCUAAGUGACCCUUCCCAAUGGCAACUGCAAUGGAACUCCACCUGAUCCACAAAGGACUUAUCAAGUUGUUGUGGCUGCAACUCGAGAUAUGGGUAUUGGCAAGGAUGGAAAACUUCCCUGGAGGCUUCCCUCUGAUCUCAAAUAUUUUAAGAGCAUUACUCUUACAACAAUUGAUCCUGGGAAAAAGAAUGCAGUCAUAAUGGGUAGAAAAACAUGGGAAAUUAUUCCCACUGAGCAUAGGUCUCUACCUGGCAGCCUCAAUGUUGUUCUCACUCGUUCUGGGAGCUUUGAUAUUGCAACUGCAGAGAAUGUCAUCAUAUGUUGAAGCAUGUGUUCUGCCUUGGAUUUAUUGGCUUCAUCUCCUUAUUGUCUAUCAAUUGAGAAAGUUUUUGUCAUUGACGGUCGCCAGAUAUUUAGGGAAGCUCUCAAUGCUCCUGCAUGUGAUGCCAACCACAUAACUGAAAUUGAGACACCAGUUGAAUGUGACACUUCUAUGCCCAUGGUUGAUACAUCUGUCUUUCACCCAUGGUACUUGUCCUUUCCUGUUGUUGAAAACAGCAUCCAAUAUUGUUUUACUACGUAUGUCCGUGUAAGAUGUUCUGCAUUGGAGUCUCUGCCUCAGACAAAUGCUCUGAUCUUCAAUGGUAAGACAGAUUCUGUUAAGUUUGAGGCCAAGAAUUUUACCUUUCUGCCCAAGAUGAUUUUUGAGAGAUAUGAAGAGUACCUGUAUCUGAGAUUAGUCGAAGAUAUACUGUUAAAUGGCACUCCAAAGGAUGACACGACUGGAACUGGUACCCUAUUAAAGUUUGGAUGUCAGAUGCGGUUUAAUCUGCGCAAAAACUUCCCUCUUUUGACAACUAAGGUGUGCUGCUCCAAACUGUUCUACCUCUUCAUUAUAUUCUUCUUGUGGAGUCAUUUAUGAGAAGUGCAAGGCUUU